CGUGCCAGCCCUGCUCCCCACCCCAUCCUCCCCAAGGGUUUAAAUGUUGGUGUCCCCCUGCUCUCACGCUGGCACCUCUCAGGGACACGGCAGCAUGAAGGCGGUGGCCGCACUCCUCCUGGUGGGGAUGCUCAUCCUCUGGGCAGAGCUGCCAACAGGCAGCGCCUGGUCCUGUCCCCCCGUCCGCUUCACCUGCGCUCUGCACAACCCGCGGAACCAGUGCCUGGUGGACCGGCACUGCCCCCGCGGCAAGAAGUGCUGCCGCUCCUUCUGCGGGAAGAAAUGCCUCUCCAGACCUCCUGCCAUCCCCGUCACUUACGUGUGAGCUCCAGUUCCCAGGACAGACUGAGGGCCAUCUCAGCAUUCCCAUCCCACCUCAGCUCCAGGAUCACUCCGUGCCAGCUGCUGCUCCCCUUCUCUCUCUGCCCCCCACCGCUCCUUCAGCAAAUAAAAGAGGCUUUUCCCA